ACGUAAUAAUCCACUUGAAUUCUCUUCUCCUCUUGGGCGUUUCGACAGUUAUUCACAAAAAAGAUGAAAACAGAAUAAACUUUCAAAAGUCUUUUUACGUCAAACCGCUAAUCAAAAAAAGUGACAUAUUUAAAAAUUGCACAUUGAACAAAAGGUUACAUGGGACAAACUUUUGCCUAUUCACGAAAAAAAGACAUAAGGAAGCAUUAGCCCUCCGAAAGUACCGAAUGACUGGACCCUCGACAGCCAGGAGGCACCACGGACUAGAUGGCAGGAAGCGAAUAAACAAAGUCACCAUGCUGCCCCAUAAAGAAAUAAAGCUCCCCGCAAGGAGAUGCAUGAUACUGGGCAAAAUGGACAACUGGAAUGCGCGUAAAAUCUCCAAGUCAGGCGUCAAAACGCACAGAAAGCAGAGGGUAAAUUUAUUGAGGAAGCGAAUUUACUUUGAAGAAGAGGACCGAUUUGUUAAGCUAAGAGUCAGUGCAAGAGGAUUGAAGACUAUAAAAAAAUAUGGCCUGGGUUACUGCUGUAAAAAAUUUAACUUGGACUUAAGCAAGAAGAAAUAUGAUGCUGGUCGUUCCCCCAGAAGAAAGAAAAAGAAAACUGACGAAUUCGCUUCCGCACAAAAUGACGCAUUCAAUCAGAGAGCACCCCAAGUGCAUGAAGAUGCGAAUGAAAUUUUGAAAAAUCUCAAUUUAGACAAGAAGAAUAAGUGACAAAUCGUGGCCACGAAGUUGGUUCCCGUAGAUCGAA